AUGAUGCAGUUGUUCAGACCAAGAGGGUCAGUCUCUCGAUUGACGAUUCGCUGUUUCUCACUGUCCACGGCUCCACCUUCUGGACCACUUGCAGGACUUCGCAUCUUGGACCUCUCGCGAAUUCUAGCAGGACCCUCUGCAACGAUGCUGAUGGCUGACAUGGGCGCAGAGGUCAUCAAAGUGGAAGCUCCCAAAUCGGGUGAUGACACCCGACGAUAUGCUCCUCCAUUCCUGCAGAAAGCACCAAAAGAGGAUUCAGAUGUGGCAGCGUAUUUUUCCAGUUGCAAUCGAAACAAGUACAGUGUGGCAGUGGAUUUCAAGACCAAAGAAGGACAAGAUGUUGUGAAACAUUUGCUGCAGAGUAGCGAUGUCCUCAUCGAGAAUUUCAAAGCGGGAGGCUUGGCAAAGUAUGGCUUGGGCUACGACCAGCUGAAAGACGAUUUUCCUCAGCUCAUCUACUGCAGUAUCACUGGCUUUGGACACUCUGGGCCUUACAGCAAGAGACCGGCCUACGACAUGCUUAUCCAGGCAAUGGGUGGUUCCAUGAGUUUGACCGGAGAGCCUGAUGGUGCUCCCAUGAAGACAGGGCUCUCUCUUUUCGACCUCACUGCUGGGUUGCAUGGAGUUAUCGGCAUCCUUGCAGCGCUGAACAGCAAGCACAACACUGGCCUGGGGCAGCAUGUCGACAUCUCCAUGUUGGACGUGGCUGUUGCCCUCUUGGCGAAUCAGGGCAUGAACUACUUGGCGAAGAAGCAACGACAGAAGCGCGUGGGCAACAACCAUCCAAACGUGGUUCCAUAUCAAGUGAUGCCGGCAAAGGAUGGCUACUUUAUCCUCACUGCCUCCAACAACGAUCAGUUCGAGCGCUUUUGCAAGGUGGCAGGACGAAUGGAUUUGAUGGAAGACGAACGUUUUAACACCAUGAAGGCUCGCGUGGUGAAUCGCGAGGUGGUGACUCCGACUCUGAAUGAGAUCACUUCACAGCACGAAAAAUUGUGGUGGCUGGAGAAAUUGGAAGGCGAGAUGGUGGGCUGUGCUCCGAUCCUGCACUUGGACGAGGUUUUCGCAGAUCCUCAUGUCCAGUCAAGAGAGAUGGAAAUCCAGAUGAACCUUCCGGGCUUCACCGAGCCUGUCUCCUUGAUUGGAUCGCCCAUGAAGUUUUCACGCACAAAGGUGGACUACAGACUGCCACCACCGCGGGUGGGUGAGCACACCGAACAGGUCUUGUUGGAAUAUGGCAUGUCAAAGGAUCAAAUCGAAGAUUUGCACGAGAUCGGCGCUAUCGACAACGCUAAAUUCGAAGUGCCUGGAGUGGUUCGCCCAUUGGCCCGAAAGAAGCGCAGAGUUGUGGAGGUCAGCGACAGCCACGGACAGCCAUAUGUCUUCCAGGGCAAUACCUGGGGUCACAUCAGCUCAGUGUCGGAUCCCCGCAUUGCAGUUGGAAUCGACAAUGUGGAGGAUGAGGACCUCACCGAGUUGGACACCUUCGGUGGAGUGUUGAGAAGCAGCAUCGAUGACCCCAUCAAUGCCUUCUUGAAGGUGCGCGGAAGCGCUGAAGAUCCAGAUGUCGGUGUGUCGUCUCGCUCCAAAUAG